UUUCCACUUGUUAUUCAGUUUGUGUUGCUUUGCUUUGCACUGGUAUUUUGUGUGUGUUCUUGUUUUCGGAGGCAGAUGAAUCUGAUCUUUAAUUUAAAGUGGCAGGAGAUUCCAAACGUGCAGUGGAAUCACCUGAACGCACCCAGAUGCGUCUAAGUCUCCGGGACUCGGUGGUGAUUUAUUGACGCUGUGGACACUUCUUGCAGUGCGGGACGUGCGGGGGCAGAGCAGUGGGCUGCUGUGAUUUAAGUUGCCGUCAUCUGGAUGGAUGUUAUCACUCUGAGACAGACCAGCGGCUCCAGGACCGCGCUGCGCCCGAGGAACCUCCUUUCCACCUGGAUUUUACGCAUGGCGCUGCCGGGCUGGCUCCACAUCAUGACGCACGACCUGCUGUGAGUUGAGAAGAGGGAGCGAAGCAGGGAAACUGCGGGAGACGGAUACUUAUGGUUUGGUGUGAGCGUGCCACAGCCGCCCGUGACUCCUCUCCUAACGGUGCGCCCUCCGUGGCCGUACUCGCUCUCCGGGACUUCCACGCGGCUGGCACGCGCGAUGGGAUGCAGAAGCGCGCUGGGAUGCUGCCUGCUCGCGGUGCUCUCCUGCUGCCUCCCGCCCGGCUGCUCAGGUAACAUCACCGUGGCCGUGAUGCUGCCGGACAACCACCACAAGUACCCGUGGGCUCUGCCGCGCGUCUUCCCGGCCAUCCUCAUGGCGCACGAGGACCUGCACGCGAAGCACGGGCUGCUGCUCGGCCGGUUCAUCAACAUCCUCAACUUCAGCACCGAGGACCCGGUGGCCGGCUCCUGUGCGGAGAGCCGUGCGCAGGUCGUGGCCGUGGACGCGAAGCUCUACAUCCGCCCGGACGCGUUCUUCGGCCCCGGGUGCGUGUACCCGCUCGCCUCCGUGGGCCGGUUCGCGUCCCACUGGAAGCUCCCGCUGAUCACAGCUGGAGGUCCCGCGUUCGGCUUCGACAAGCGGGAGGAGUACCGGACCAUCGUGCGCAGCGGGCCCUCCACCACCAAGCUGGGGGAGUUCGCCAACGUCCUGCACACGCAUUUCAACUGGACGUCCCGCGCCGUGGUGAUCUUCCACGACCUGCGGCAGGACGACCGGCCGCACUACUUCCUCUCGGAGGGCAUCUUCCUGAACCUGAAGGAGGAGAUGAACGUGACGGUGGAGGCGCAGCCGUACGAGGACGACAAGGACUACAAGGACCUCAUCGCCUUCAUGAAGGAGCACGGGAGAAGUAAGUUCACGCUGGUGGAAACCAAAGUGGCGUUUAAAGUUUAAAAACCCUGUGCGUCACGGAGCGAGAUCUGGUGUU